AUGAGAUUUUCAGAUAGAGUUUUGAUGGUUUACGAAAUGGGAACUUCGCCAGUAAAUUUGAUGACUUUGGUUCAAAAUUUUAAAAGAAUCCGUCUUGCUGGAAAUUAUGAUCGAAUAGUGAUUACUUUUUUCUUGUACCUUUUUGUUUUAUUCUAUGGUAUCACUGGUAUUAAAGACGAUUUCGGCCUGUUUGUUUUUUUCCUUUUUGCACCUUUGCUUGUGGUUUUGACUCUUGCAUAUGGAGGUGCUGUUCACGAGCUCUGGAAUAAUCCUAUUAAAGAUGUUUCGUUUGGUUUAAUAUGUGUUUCAUUUUGUAUUCAUAUUCUAUUUGCUUGCUAUGGAUUAGUAAUUGCAACAUCGAAUCCACUUAAACUAUCUCCUGAGGCUUCACUAUUAUUCCGUGAGCUCAGUUAG